CUUCCCAUAGGAGAGGGACGAACGAACACUAGAAGAAGCAAGCUAGAAAGAGAAAACGUUUUCUUCAGAAAAACCAGAAGCAAAAUAGUAAUAAUAGUAAUAAUAAUAAUAAUAAUAAUAAUAAUUUGAAAAGAAAGAGCCACCGUUUCUAUACAUUACUAUCUCUGUAAGAUUUCUUUCUCCUUAGCUUUUUCACUGAUUCAUUUUACUGUCCGCUCCUUAGGAAAAGUUACUGUUCUGGCGGGAAUCUGAUUUUUCGUACCAUUCAUUCCUUUCAAGUGUAGAGAUUUUUUGUGUGGUUGUGGUUGUGGGUGUGGUUCCAACAAUGCCUCUCUUGAAGAAAAAGCCAUUCACUUUGUUGGAACCACCCCAGGAUUUGAAACCUAAUGAGCUUGUGUAUCAAGUUCGUUUCACAAAGGAGAUAUUCCGGGAUUAUCAGGCAUAUUUGAAUAGAUUAAAUUUAUAUCGGCAGAGAAUUUGGAGUUGCAAAAUUAGCGGAAAGCCUUAUUUGACUUUUGAAGAGGCUUUGGUUUCUGAAAAACAUGCAUCCGAGAAGGUUCAAGAUAUACCCAAAGAGCUUGUGGCACCUGCAUUACAUAUUAUACAAUAUAGUAUGCUUUCACUUAAAGAUCUUGCGGACACAAUAGCUAAAAAGCUGCAAGAACAUUUGUUUGUGGGGGCUGCAUUGCAUGGAAGAAAGGGUGAUGAUCUCUGUCCUUGCAAGGUGCUAAAAAUUAUGGAGGGUACUGCUGAAACCGCAUAUGAGGUGGCAUGGCUUGAUAAGAGUAAUAAAAUAGCAGAAACUUCAGUAGUGAUCAGAGAAGAUCUAACAUGGAAGAAGUUUCCUUUUAGUAGAAGGAUUUUGAAGUCUCUUAUUCGGGAAUCUACAUACCGAAGUGUUCCCUGGGCACUUCAUAUCAAUUUGGCACAAAAGCAUGGAAUCUCAUGUGAUCCACCGCUGGAAAUAGAAGGCAAAGUUUCCAUCAAGGAUGGUUUAGUGGUCUGUUAUAAGAAAAGAAAAGAGGGAGUUGAAAAUGAAUCUGGAAAACAUAAGAAGAAGAAAGUGGGAGGUGAGGAAGUUGAAGCAACAGACAUGGAAAACGGCGGAAAGAGAGGUGAACCUAUCAAAUAUCCAAUUGAUGAUCUGUUGGUGCAGCCUGGGGAAGAUGAUCCAGUCUUCACCACCCGUCCUUCACCUUCAAGGGACUUCUGUAUUCAGAUGGAUUGUGUUGGUGACCUUUUAAUGGUUUGGGAUUUUUGUUCCUCUUUUGGUAGGAUGUUGCACUUGUCACCGUUCUCUUUGGAAGAUUUUGAAAAGGCCAUCUGCCAUAAGGAUAGUAAUUUGAUGCUUCUUGUUGAAACACAUUCUGCUCUGUUACAAUUGCUUAUGAAAAAUAAUGGCCAAUAUUUCUUAGCUGUAAAGAAAAGAAAUCGAAAGUUGAAGAUAACGUUUAUGAAAUGGACAGAGUAUUUGUGUGAUUUUGUAGAGAUGAUCAACAUUUCUGAUCUAUCUGCUCAUGCAACAGUAAUUAGGCGUGGCCACUAUGGUCUCUUAGAUGUUGAAGCCAAAUUAGGUAUCCUUAGAGAAUUGGUUAAUCACGUCCUUGAAACAGAUCUCGUCAGAGAGAAAUUGGAUGAACAUAUUGAACAGCGGCAGCUGCUUGGAGCCACAAGGAGGGGGGAAGCUCUGGAAGAAGGUAGGAAGAGAAGGGAAGAGAAGGAAAAGUUAAAGGCUGAGACUGUUGAUACAUUAAUGAAUGGGUAUAGCAUAGAGAGUGUAGGAAACAACCCUAAUGUUUCAGCAAAUGGGAAGCAUCUUCGAGAGAAUGGAGACUUAGCAAUGAAAUGGAAGGGGGAAGUCAUAUCAUCUCCAGAAAACCAUGCAUCAGAUAAAAGUGAGACCUCCAAUUCAGACACUGCUUCAAAGAAAACAAAGCAGCAUAGUGAUGUGGAAGUCCUGGGAGAAAAUCUUAAAAAUUUGUCUAGCAAAACGGGAUUUAAACAAUUAAAGAGUGAGAGGAAGGAAGCUGUAGAAAAGAGAAGCAAAGAGGAAAGGAAUGAAUAUUAUGAAAGGGAGAUGGAAAAACGAGUCCUACGAACAAAUUCUUUGGGUAAAGACAGAGACUAUAACAGGUAUUGGUGGUUCCGGCGUGAUGGGAGGAUCUUUAUUGAGAGCUCCGACUCCAAGUUAUGGGGCUAUUACAGUGGCAAGGAAGAGCUUGAUGCAUUAAUGGGUUCACUGAAUUGUAAGGGUGUGAGAGAGAAGGCUCUUCAGAUACAGCUGCAGAAAUUAUACAGCAGGAUAUGCUUUGAGCUAGAGAAGAGAGCGAAAGAUUUGGCUCACAAGAUUACAAUGGAGGAGGCUGUGCUUCGAAGAUCUACUCGUGUUAGGGCUCUGCCAAGGGAGAAUCCUGCCAAUUCUUUCCUUAGGUACGUUAACAAGUGGAAGGAAGACUAACUGGUAUUAUUUUGGUAACUAGGGCAAUUUUUCCAACUAAUAUAGGUAGAUCCUAUACUUGAAAUGCUUAAGGGUAGACCAUAUGUAAGAUUAGGAAUUUUUUGGUUCCCUAGUUGCUGAUUCAUUUGUUUGGUGGGUUGAGAUAUUUGAGGCUUGAAGAUAGUUGGAUGGCGGCUCUGGCAGAUGGCCACUUAUAGCAAACGGAGUUGGGUUAUUUAUUUUAUUUUAUUUUUUCUUUUGUAUAUCAUGUUUGUGCUCAAGCCUGAACUUUUGUAUAUGACAAUACUAUGCAGUCUAAAUGGGUAUGACUUAAAAGCUA